CUCUCUCAAAAAUAAACAUUUUUUGAAAAGCCUUAAUUAUUCUUGUGUUGUGGUUUUAGAAGGGAGACAGACUGAGUAUGUGUGUUCAUUUCAGUGCCUUUAGCAGGAAGUCAACGUGGACCCCUUAAGCAUCUCCAGGACAGGGCCGGUCCGUCCACGUUUGGUGGCAGGCCUGUGGUGGCGAGCGGUAACUGGCAUUCUCUCAUUUCUAAGGCGUGAUAUAUAUUUAGAUUCUCUCGGCAGAGAUGUUGGCUUUCUUGUUAACGCUGCCGCAGCCGCUGCCUCUUCUUAGUUAAAGGCUUUCAUCUCAGAUAUAAAAUACCAACAAACUUAUAAAUAAUUGGGCUUUGAGACAAAAAAUAAGAAUCCUUAAAACAAAAGAAAGCUCUUUAUUGAUGUUUCUGAAAGCAGUUUUCAGAGGGCAAGCGUAUAAUCCUUAGAUUAAAAUGCAGCUGACACGUUAAGCCUUCUUACAGGGAACGGGGAUAAUGGGCUUUAAUGCCGUUUGUCCUUGACCACCCACAGAGGGCACUCCGCGGCCGGCCAGAGAGACGCGCAAAUCGGGCCCAGAGAGCGAGGCCGUGUUUGUGGCUCUGAUCCCUAGUAAAUGCUUCCCCAAAGCCUUCAAGCUCGGGCCGUCAGACAGGUUGCCAGAGAGCGGCCGAAAAACACUGGAAAAAAAGGAGCUUUAGGUCUGCUAGCAGGUCUCUGCUGGGAUUGGGCGGUUUUUAGGAGGGCAGUGUGGUUCUUUUAAUACCGGCCAGCUGACCCCGGAUGGGCACCGGUGUGCUCCCGGGGACGCGUGCACUUGCUUGCCGUCCUCCCCGCGUGGGGGGCGCGUCCUCGGUCCUCCCUGCUCGCUGGAGCACGGCCCCUUCAGGGGAAGGCAGGCCUGCCCCGCCUGAUAACCCGAGAGAGGGUCGCUCGGCCCCGGUGGCCGCCGGAUGACGGAGUUCCGGCAGAGGGCCCUGCGCUGGCCGCCGACUUCGUCCCCGGAGGGGGAAGCGAGACGGACGGCUCUGCGUGUGCCGAUUGCCGUGGGAGCCUGCCGACGUCCUGGUGCACUUCUGGGAGGGCCGCGUGUGGAACCGAGAGACCGCUUUCCACGUGAGAGCUUGGGCUCGGUAUUGAUCCGUCAGCCUUUGAGGAAAUCGGAUUCGUGGGCUUCCUGGGUUUGGAAAGUCACCGACUCUUCGUAUUAAAGCCACGGACGGUCUGGGGGCAGUUUGCCUUCCUGUCCUGAGGUUGGACUAAAACCUAGGAAGCACCGUCCUGCGGCGAUGCCUGGCUCUUUGUGCUCUUUAAAAACACGGAAUGUCAGCGCAUGGCGGCUUCUUGUGGGUGAGAGUGCAUCAGCCACUCCUGUCGUCCCUGCGCUCGUUCCCCAGCCCCCCCCGGGCCGUGUCCCUGUCUCUUACCGUGCGUGGUGCUGCGUGGAUUCUGGGAGCCGCGCCUGUGACUUAGCGGGCGGGGGCCGCGGCUUGGGGUGCGGAGGGGACCGUGUGGACGGCGAUGGGUCAGCUGACCGACGCCCAGCCGAGGUCUCCUGGGGUUUGUCAUCCUCCUCGAUGACCAGACUUGAUGCCUCUGCGACUCGUCCGCUUCGGAAGCUCUGGCCCGAGCGCGAGCGAAACCUUUCCUUGGUGACCCUCCGCUUAACUGGAGUGCCCUGAAGCGCCUGGAAGACUUCUUUGUUUUAAAUCCUGAGGGUCGGCAAAGGAAACCGAACCCUUGUUAAAAAUCAAAAGCAGAACUGCAACUGUUCCUCGCAGAAAAUACCCGUUCGGAUCUUGGCCAGAGCUGGUCGGCUCCCAGGGCGUGAGGCCCCAGGUCUGUGCAGUGUUUGUAGGCCAGACCGAGAGUCAAGGACGAAGCGAACUGUUCUCAUUUCCAGGCGAUUUCGAUUGUAUGCCCACAGGGCAGCCAUCACGUAGGGUUCCGCUCUGAGGGCACUUGGGGUGCAUUUGCGAUGAUACGUGUCCAGCACCUUCUCCCGGGAGACGUGGACCACCUGUGUGCGUUACAGUGUGAUGGGCGGUGCCACGGAAAGUGAGUUCAAUUCCCGAGAUAGGUGAUCCUUUUGUGUUUCAGAAAACGCAGGAGACGGGCCGGAGCUCUGUCAUUUGUGAUUUCAGAUUGUCGUGAGUAGCCCCCCUCAUCUGGUUGAGAAUUUUCGCUGCUGUGGAGAAACUUGCCCUUCAGACAGAGUGUGAAUGAAAUACUCUAUCCACUGUGGCCCCCCCCGCCGUUGGAGGCGGAUGAGAAGAAAGAGUGGCGUUUAUGGAAUUCGGCUGUUCUGCUGGAAGGGGGUGUAUCCUCCAGCUGCAGCUGGGGACUGCGGGGACGGAGUGACUGAGCGGCCCCGAGAUCAGCGUACUGGCCGAGGGGCUCAGAGGCUGCUGGCUUCGCACACAAAACCCCAGCAUCCGAUGGCUCGUGUGGAGGCCACGGUUGUGACAUCGGAGACGUCAGCUGUCGAGUCCGUGACGAGGGUGAUCUGGCCGUGUUUCUGUUUAAAGAGAUUGGAAGGAAGACUGAUGCAGAAAAAUACCAACAUGGUUCAGGUACAUCACUGAGAUUUUGGGGGUUGCACGAAAGCGUCUGGUUGGGCGAGUUCUGAAAGAAGAGACAAGGCCCUGCCCGAGGAAGCCUACCCGAGAGUAACUGCAAAGGAGCCUGUCAGUAGCUGCAGAACAGCAGCAGUUGGAGGCCUGGAAACUGAGGCUUGGAAGGAUUCGGUAGCCCGGCAGAGAGCACCCUGUGGGUGCACAUCAGGAGUGGCGUUCAAGCCUGUUGCUCAAGCCCGUGUCCGACCCUUCUCCACUGUCCGUGGUUUUGAGAGUCUUCCGUGCCAAGCGACCAGCAUACAGAGCUCUUGCUAGCCGGUGAUGGAAAUAUACUGUCAUGAUGGGAGAAGCUGGUGACUUAUAGGAAGCCAAGAUGACAAGAAUUUUCUUAAAUAAUCAAAGGAAGACCCCCGGUGCACCAUGAGGUGAGCGCGCUCGGGCGCCCAGAGCCCCGGAGAGCUGCGUGCGGGCUGCGGGAGCGGCUCCGCGCGUCUGGCCUCGCACGUCCCCGGCAUGAGGCCGGGCAGCAUGGGCGCGCCGCCGCGGGACCGCUGACCCCCGCCCGCCGGGACCAUGAAGGAGGUGGCGCACUGGUCCCCCAGGAAGGUGGCAGACUGGCUGCUGGAGCACGCCAUGCCCGAGUACUGUGAGCCCCUGGAACACUUCACGGGCCGGGACCUGAUCGGCCUGACCCGGGAGGACUUCACGCGGCCGCCCCUGUGCCGCGUGUCGGCCGACAGCGGGCAGCGGCUCCUGGACAUGAUCGAGACCCUGAAGGUGGAGCAGCACAUGGAGGCGCACAAGAACGGCCACGCCAACGGGCACCUGGGCGCAGGCGCGGCCGGCCCCGGCCUCCAGGCCACGCCCAACGGGGUGCCUAACGGCUACCGGAAGGAGAUGAUCAAGAUCCCCAUGCCCGAGCCCGAGCGCUCCCAGUACCCCAUGGAGUGGGGCAAGACCUGCCUGGCCUUCCUGUACGCGCUCUCCUGCUUCGUCCUCACCACGGUGAUGAUCUCGGUCGUCCACGAGCGAGUGCCUCCCAAGGAGGUGCAGCCCCCGCUACCGGACACGUUUUUUGACCAUUUUAACCGUGUGCAGUGGGCCUUUUCUAUCUGUGAGAUUAACGGCAUGAUCCUCGUAGGACUCUGGUUAAUUCAGUGGCUGCUCUUAAAAUACAAGUCUAUCAUUAGCAGAAGAUUUUUCUGCAUAGUCGGCACGCUGUACCUCUACCGCUGUAUCACAAUGUAUGUAACCACACUCCCGGUGCCCGGUAUGCAUUUCAACUGCUCUCCGAAGCUGUUCGGAGACUGGGAAGCACAAGUGCGGAGGAUAAUGAAGCUCAUUGCCGGUGGCGGCCUGUCCAUCACCGGCUCUCACAACAUGUGCGGGGACUACCUGUACAGCGGCCACACGGUCAUGCUCACGCUCACUUACUUAUUUAUCAAAGAGUAUUCCCCUCGACGACUGUGGUGGUACCACUGGAUAUGCUGGCUCCUCAGCGUGGUUGGGAUCUUCUGUAUUCUCUUAGCGCAUGACCACUACACUGUGGACGUGGUGGUGGCGUAUUACAUCACCACAAGACUCUUCUGGUGGUACCACACUAUGGCCAAUCAGCAAGUGCUCAAAGAAGCUUCCCAGAUGAACCUCCUGGCUAGGGUGUGGUGGUAUAGGCCAUUUCAGUACUUUGAAAAGAAUGUCCAAGGAAUCGUACCUCGAUCUUACCACUGGCCCUUCCCCUGGCCGGUGGUCCACCUCGGGAGGCAGGUGAAAUACAGCCGCUUGGUGAACGACACAUAACGGCCGCACCAAGUGGGGGACGAGGACCCUUUCCAAGUGCUGAGAACUCCAGUGAGAGCAGACGCCAUAAACAGACGAUCCCGUUAUCUUUCAGCCGUUUCCUUGACUUAACCUAUUGAGUUACCUGGUCAGCACUGUGAUCUUUUUUUCUCUCCAAAGGACCUGCGUGGGACAACAAUAAAGAAAACGUAACCUAUCAUGCACUGCACACAUUUCCUGUUCGUGAGUCCGGGGUUCCGCAUAAGCUGCAUCACCACGUUCCUUUGUAUACGAUGCAACAGCAUAAAUGUAAGCUUUUCUAUCAUCAGUUCUGGUCUUUCCAGUCACAUCUGGAAAAUAAAGCGUAUUAUUUUCUUGGGAAAACAUACUUUUCAUAUCUCUUGCCCCAAAGAUUGGGCUGUAAGCCAUUUUCUAGCAAAUGUCUCUAUGAAGGUUUCUAAGUACCUGAAUGGGGUUCGAUUCUGAAAUCUUUCUACCUGUUGCACCGCUAUUCAAAUAAAAAAUGACAGACACAGAAAGGUGUGGUAACUUUGGGUUUUGUAAAAAGCAGAGAGAGUGUGUCAAAAAGUGCAAAAAAAAAAAAAGAUUCUGUUAUAAAGUGAUUUUCUAAGUAUUUCCUAACUUUAUUUUUCAAAAUGAUGUUAUGAAAACCAAAUUUCAAGAUUUUUACAUGUCAGAGAGAAGAGAGUUAAAAUUAAAAAAAAAAAUGCUUCUUGGGAGAGAAAUUUGUCUAUGUUUCUAGUGCCUUUCUUGUCUUGAUUGUAUGGUCAGUAGGCAAUCUUAAAUGUUUUUAUUUAAAAUAAAGUAUUCCAUGAAGAUAUAAAUGUAUGUAUACACUACUAAAUUUUGCAUUUAUAGCUAAAUUAAAUCUGAAGACUGCUUAUGGUUUUUAAAUUGCUAUGAAUUAACGAAGGGGGGAGUUAAUUAGAAAAUCAGAGCCCUGUUCCCAUAUUGUGAGCAGGUGGCAAUGACAUGUACCACUUAAAUUAUUUUAUCAUCUAUUUGGUGGUUCGAUUUUAACUAUACAGUGAAAACAGCCAUGAAUACUUUGUUUUUAAAAAGAGAGUUUUGAAAAUGAUCACUUAACUAAAACUUGAAAGCUAUAAAUUAGUUAUCCAUACUCUGAUGACAAUUUUGUUGGUGAACAACAAAACAGAGAUCUAUUUCUUUAAAAUAUAUUUGUGCAGAAACUGCAUGUAUCUCUCAGUUUUACUCCUAACAGAAGUAUGUUUGGGGAAGUAUUCUAUUCCAUACUUGCCAACGUGGAGAACAAAAUAGUUUUUUAAGAAUGAAGAAGUAUAUAUAUCCAUUCUGUAUUUUACGUGCAGCAGAAUUAUCUUCCGUAGGGUUUUUUUUUUCCUGUGUAUUCACAAGGUGAUAUUUGUAUUGUAAAACAAUAAUGGUGAAGGAAAUAAAAAGGCUUUUAAAAUUUUGUUUGUUUUAAAUAUUUGUAAAGUUAUUAUUAUUCCAGAGAGUAUACUGAUAUCUUAACAGCUUACCUAGACCAUAAAUUAAUCAAAAUGCACUUUUUAAUAAAACCUGAUACUUAAAACAUAAA